ACAGUGGAAAUAGCGGCGUCUGGAAUAUAAGGGAGAGUUACCAAGACGUCCUGGAAGUCGCCUCAACCUCUCACUGCUAGGAGAGGGUCGACCACUGAUAGAAUAGGAGUGAGUGGCCCCAGAUACACGUGUUUGUUGCCUGAUCUGCACGACGACUAGAGGAUGCGGGGGCGCGCCGUGCUGGUGGCGGCGGUGCUGGUGGUGGUGCUGUGGGCCGUAGUGAGUGCUGGGCCUGCACCGCUUGAGGAUGAUCUGCUGGAGGAGGAGGAGGCCGAGGAGGAGAUACUGACCAGGGUGGAGCGCCAGGGAGGGCCUCAGGGUACUUUCAACCCGCUCAGCUUUUUCACUGGAGGCGCCGGUGGCCCUCAGUUUGGGCUGCAAUUCCAGUCUAGCCAACAGCCCCAGUUUGGCCAUCAAUCUCAAUUUGGCCAACAGCCCCAGUUCGGUCAGCAACCACAGUUUGGCCUACAGCCCCAAUUUGGCCAGCAGCCUCAAUUCAGCCAACAGUCUCAGUUUGGCCAACAGCCCCAGUUCGGUCAACAACCCCAGUUUGGCCAGCAACCUCAAUUUGGCCAGCAACCUCAAUUUGGUCAGCAGCCUCAAUUCGGCCAACAGCCCCAGUUUGGCCAACAGCCCCAGUCUGGCAAGUUUGACUUCUUCCCGCCAACUGUGUUCGGGCCAGUCAACCCGCCCCAGACCUUCGACCUAAGUGGUCGCGGGAACCGUGGCGGCGGAAGGCGGAUCAACUGCAACCGACGAAAGAACAGGGACAGAGAGGAGUGCCAGGGUAACAACAACGGGCGACCAAACAGAGGCGACAGAAACGAGAGGCCCAACAAGCCCGGCGGCAGACCCAACAGACCCGGUGGCAGACCCAACAGACCCGGUGGCAGGCCCAACAAGGGCAAGACUGGUAUCAACUGCAAUCGGAGACAAAACAGAGACUUGCCGGAGUGCCAAGCUGACGGUCCGCCCAGCGAAGGUGUGGUGCAACUCGCCGGUAGCGUGCCGUGGCUGACGGACGUGGCAGCAGGUGGCAACGUAGUGGAGCUGGAAGGACUGCCCAGCACCCCACGCCAGCAGGCCAGGCGAUACCAGCUGGCCAUUAGCCAGCCAGACCUGCCGUUCCAAAGUUGCAGGACGCCCCGCGGUGAGAAUGGAUUUUGUCGAUAUCUGCAGCACUGCAUCCUGCCGGAAUUCGCUUCUAGUUUCAGAGACUAUCUUCCCUACGCUUGUCUCAUCGAUAGCAAGUACCUAGGUGCCUGCUGUCCGACACGAGUGAACAGCAACAAUCUCCAACCCAGCACUCCUAAGCCGGUGACGCCAGCUCCCACCCCUCGCCCCACCACGCCCGCUAGUGAGUCCAGAGGAUGCGGACUGAUCGCCAAGCCGCCGCCGACCAGGAUCGUCGGGGGCAAGCCGGCUGACCCCAAGGAGUGGCCGUGGAUCGCUGCCUUGCUGCGGAAUGGAGCCACUCAAUUCUGUGGCGGAACACUCAUCACCAACCAGCACGUGCUCACCGCCGCCCAUUGCAUUGUUGACUUCAGCAAGGAAUCUAUCACAGUGCGACUGGGUGAGUACACCUUUGACGAGACUGGAGACUCGCCACACGUUGACUUCAAGAUCAAGACAAUGAAGCCCCACGAGCACUAUGAUACCAACACUUACGUGAAUGACAUCGCUCUCAUCACCCUGGACCGCUCCAUUGACUUCAAUGAUGCCAUCUGGCCUGUGUGUCUCCCGCAGAGCGACGAAAGUUACGUGGGCCGCGACGCCACAGUGAUCGGCUGGGGCACCAUCUACUUCGGCGGCCCCGUGGCCUCCACGCUGCAGGAGGUCACCAUACCUGUCUGGACCAACGAAGAAUGCGACGCAGCCUACGAGCAAGACAUCAUUGAUAAGCAGAUCUGCGCCGGAGCCAGGGAGGGCGGCAAGGAUUCCUGUCAGGGUGACAGCGGAGGUCCUCUCCUGCUGCAGCAAGGCGGGGCCAACCGGUGGGCCAUUGCAGGCGUGGUGUCGUGGGGCAUCCGGUGUGCCGAGCCAGGAAACCCCGGAGUGUACACUCGCGUCAGCAAGUACAGUCAAUGGAUCAGAAAUAAUGCCGUGUAAUAUGUCCCAGGAAGGCUGCCUCACAGGUAGGGCUUCUGUCCUCCAGGAGGAACAGCUCACGCCCUAUGCAGUACUGAUUCUCGACAAGACAUACAGUAGAAGCGUGUGACUCUUACAGAAGCAGAGUCGCAGACCAGCUGUGGCACCAGGCUGAGAGGGCUUACUUCAUAGGCUUCAUUGAUGUUUCAGGGACUGGGAGCAUGCACACAGCACAGCAAUAAAUACAUGACAUGGAGUCCUGAGUGAGGGCGGCGAGCAAAGCAGAAUUCGAGGGGUAUUUAUUUGGCGUUUACUGGGUUUGCCAACAUGUUUUUCUUUUUUUUUCUUUUUUUGUGUGUAUAAAUGUUGAUGUUUUAUGUUUUUAUCAGUAAACUUUUUUAAAGCAAAAACCGGUUGUUACAGAGCAUAUUAUACGUGAAGAAUGUUAAGUAAAUGAGAAUCUAUA